GAAUUACAAACAGAACCGACUGUUAGCGUUCUUGCAAGUUGUAACGAUCAUAACGUAGUGCGUUUUGUAUCAGCUCGUAUUUGGAUGAAAAGUUCAACCACUGCAGCCGCUGUUAAUGCGUAGGCGUGAAAGCAUAAUAAAACCACCCAACGGGAAGUGAAAGUUCACCAAAAGCGGACAGACUGCUGUGAGUGCGGAGAUAGUAUUGUCGCUUGACCUGCAUCGCCCCGGAAAAGGAAAGGAAGACGCGCGCCCCCGUGUACGCGGUCCUGCUCUAGCCAAUCUAAACGGUCGCAGUGCGAACGAAACAAAAAGUUCCGUAGUAAAAUAAUAACGCGGAGUAGGGAAUAUUGAUUUUUUCGGUCGGCGUGCAACGUGAGAAAAAAAAUCGGUUGUAUACGUGACCCCUGGCACGGCGUGUGUUAUUGCGUUUGGCGUGAUACUUUCGGCAACCUCCGCUAGUAGAAACGGAACCCAUUUGGGGUCGAUCUUUUUUUUGCGUUGUUGCGCCUCAUCUUCGGUAGUGCGGCCAGGAUUACCUAAUAACCGUCGAGAUGGCGUUCAUGAUGCCGGUGAUGAAGAACGAGUUCGAUAUCUACAAGGGCCGCCAGCGGCGGAUAUCGGAAUGCUCGAACCAAAGCAACUGCCGAUCGCGCAAAGUGUCGGAAAGUUCGCGGUCGGACUGCCCCAGCCUGUCGACGUCGCCCGGCAACGAAGGAUUCAUGUCCGGUUCACCGGCCCAUCGCAGCCACCCGAUGUACAUGUCGCACUUGGCAUCGCGGUCACAAUUUUCGCGCAACUCGUCCCGCACCUCGCAAAGCUCGCUGAUCGCCUCAAGCCCCUCGAAGACCAGCUCUGGAAGCAGCCCACCGAAGGGAGCCAAUGGUCCCGCUGUGCCAGCUGCGGCCGCUGGAAGCCAGAGCAGCCUGAACAAGUUCCACACUCGGCUGGUCGAUAAGCUGCGCAAAUCACUUCGCAAAAGCAAAUCGACCGACGGACGGUCAUGAGAAGCGAGUGUGGGCGGCGUUGGCGGUG